AUGAUUAUAAGACCAAUUAAGAUGGAAAAUUUGGAAUUUGGUAUUUCAAUCUUACAUGGAUGGAUUCGCUUUUUUGAGUGUCUGCUUCAUUUAGCGUACAAGCUACCAUUUAAGAAAUGGCAAGCUCGUGGUUCGGACAAAGAGAUUGUCGCAGAAACUAAAAAAAAAAUUCAAAUAGAAUUUAAAACAAAACUAGGUUUAAUUGUUGAUAAACCAAAACCUGGCUUCGGCAAUACCAACGAUGGAAAUACCGCCAGGCGUUUUUUCAAAAAUGCAGAGGUAUCGGCAGAAAUUACAAAUCUAGAUUUAGAUUUGAUCAAAAAAAUGCAUACCAUACUGAUAGUUGUAUCAUGUGGACAUGAGAUUGAUAUUGAAAAAUUCCGAAAAUAUGCGCUAGAAACAGCUUAUUAUUUUGUGGAAAAGUACCCAUGGUACAACAUGCCACCCACGUUGCAUAAAUAUUUAAUACAUGGACCCGAAAUAAUAUCUCAUGCAUUAUUGCCUAUAGGGCAAUUGACAGAAGAGGCCCAAGAGGCAAGAAACAAAGAUUUUAAAAAGUUUAGAGAACACCAUUCUCGGAAAUGCAGUAGAACAAAAUCAAAUACUGACAUUUUUAAUUUUUUUUUGUUGUCAUCAGAUCCCGUAAUAAAUAGUAAAAGAAAGCUUCCACAAAAAAAAUUGUCUUCACUUCCCAAAGAAGCUGUAGACUUAUUAUUACCACCAUCAAACCACGAUAUUAACAAUGACCACGAAUAUGACAGUGAAGACGAUGAUGAUCUUGAUGAUGACCAUGACGAUGAUAGUGAUGACAAUGUUGAUGAAGACUAUACCCUGUUCAAAAUAAGAAGCGACCUGAUUUACGCUUGA